CAUUGAUCCACAUCGUGCUACCUUCAAGCAUCCCGCCUGCGUCUGCUCUCCCAGAACUCACGUCUGCUGCCAGUGUUCUAAUGAGUUCUAGGGUCAGCUCUCUCAGACCAUCCCGAUUUAUGAGUGACCAAUCUAGAACCUGUUCCACCGCCGUCGUCGUGCCUGGAAUUCUCUGAUGGGAUCUGGACGUUCUGUCUAACUGGUUUCACUGGACACUGUGACGUCACGUGGAUAUUUUUUUCUCGGCGUUCAAGCCAAUGGUUCCCGUGAAGACGCUGACUAUCAAGUGACCAACCCUGACAAUGAGACUGACCUGUGUCCAGCACUGCCUACUUCUGGCACUGAUGACCUCUGUGACGUUCGCCAAAAAACCAAACAAGAGCAAGAAACAAGACUCCAAAAAAGUCCCCCUCACCUGGAAAGAGGACUCCACGCCAGGCUCUAAGAAGACCCAGAUAACAGUGGCUGAGGAGAAGCCCUUCACCUUGGACUGUCGGACUUCCGGUCACCCCAAGCCCAAGAUCACGUGGUUCAGGAACAACCUCGAGCUGAAGAGCUCAGAUAUUGAGGUGAAGAAUUCUAUUCUGACGGUAAAGGCCAUGACCGUUGACCUUGGAGGUAACUACACGUGCAAGGCUGUUAACAAACAUGGCGAUAUCAGUUGGACAGUCAAGGUCGAUGUUCAAGCGAGAAAGUGGCCUUUGAUCAUCGACUCUCCUCAAAAUGUGACCGCCUUUAACGGCUCCACCGCCAGCUUCAGCUGUAGUGCACUCAAUGACCCCGAUGCCACCAUCAAGUGGAGCAGAAGGAAGGAGAAGCUCGGGGAUGAUGCGUCCGAUAAGCAAUGGGAGACACUGAACGUUCAGGGCGAUCCCAGGCUCCUGACCCUGACCAACGUGAGUAAAGCACACGAGGGGGAGUACCAGUGCACGGCAGGAAACGUGUGGGGCAUCCGGCACAACUUCGCCUGGCUGACUGUCAUAGAGCCCAUCAUCUCGUACGUCGAACCGGAGCCUGGCAAUCGUGGUAACCAUGGCGACACAUUCCCCUACGAGACCACAAAGCAUCCCAUGGAGAGCGAAGACUCCAAUGACAUCGUUGAAGGCUUCAACUAUGAGGAUCUUGACGUCACCACCCGGAAGUCCAGAAACCGAAACCAAGACCGGAACAAGAAUAAAAAUAAAAACAAAAACAAAGAUAAAAAAGACAAGACUAAAAAGCCGACCCCCGUGGAUAGAAAUCUGUACCCCACUACAUACAUGCCGCCCAGAGAACCUGAGCUGGACCGCACGACAGGUGUGACUAUCUGGAACUACGGCACGACGUAUGGGGGUGGGGCCAGCGAUGCCAGGUACCCGGGCUUAGAGACAACGUCGGAGCCGGUGACAGCCAGGAGCGGGCAUGGGAGCGACACCCACAAGGGGGGCAUCAGUGCCUGGACCAUAUACACGGUGGUGGGGGCGGUGGGUGGGGUCAUCCUUCUCAUAGGUCUGAUCGCCAUCACAUUGACUUUAUGCUGUAAGAAGGAGGACGACGGUGCUUACAAGUCGACUUCUGUUUGAUUUCUCUUCAUUUCACGCCGUCAAGAUCACAGUUCAUUUAUUCAUCUUUUGGUAAAUAUCACUCACUUCAAUUUUAAAUUUAAAAACAACAACGGACUUAUGGCAGCCCUUAAUAAACGAUUCAAAACAACUAGUUGUGAUCAGUUAUUACAAUUAAAACACAAGUAAACAGUUUAGCGUUCGGAAAUUUAAAAAAAUAAAUAAAAAGAAAAAUUGUGUUAGCGAAAAAACAGUUUCGAUCAGCAGAAAAACUUUGCCAUUGAGUUUUGUACAGAAGAUUUUAAGCUGAUGUAUCAUGAUGUAUCAUGAUGUAUUAUGAUGUAUUAUGAUGUACUUUGAUGAUGUAUUAAGAUGUUUUAAGAUGUUUUAUGAUGCUUUUGUUUGUGCUGUGCUUCCACUUCAAAUCAUGGUGUCCUCGUUCAGUCAUGACUUCAGUCACGUCUUGCUGUAACAAGAUGACCGAACACAAGAUGACUGAACACAAAAUGACUGAACACAAGAUGACUGAACAAAAACUUGACUGAACACAAAAUUAACUGAACACAAAAUUGACUAAACACAAAAUUGACUGAACAAAAAGUUGACUGAACAAAAACUUGACUGAACACAAAAUUGACUGAACAAAAAGUUGACUGAACAAAAAGAUGACUGAACACAAAUUUGACUGAACAAAAAAUUGACUGAACGAAAACUUGACUGAACAAAAACUUGACUGAACAAAAACUUGACUGAACAAAAACUUGACUGAACAAAAAAUUGACUGAACAAAAAAUUGACUUAAAAAACAAUUGGCUCCUGUUUAUGGUAACCCCCACUAUAUUAGAUUUCUGACGUCACUUUAGAACCUUCGAUUAGCAUCAGUCACUGUUGUAUGUAGCUGUUGAUAACGCAUCGCCACUUAAUGUUGACUGAACAAAUGUUUUUGCUUAUGUUUUCAAUCUUUAGGCAUCCAUAUUACCAACAAAUUAACAAAAAAAGGAAAAAUAUGUGGGCUUACCAUUUUCUCAUUUUUAGUAAUUAUGGACCAUAGUGAUAUUUAUGCACUCAACAAUUUCAGUUUCAUCCUUGUCUAAAUAGAAGAUCUCAGCAAUGUUUUAUCAAAACCAGUCUUUUAUUUGAAAACAAGGAUUACUAAGCAAAAAAAAAAAUCAGCAGAAAUGUGACCUCAUAUUGUAUGAGUGUGUGGACGUUCUAUACAAAACAUUAUGAUAAUCAAUAUAAUUAACUAACCAUAAUAUACCGUUUCCUAUGUACAUUUGUAAACUUUUUUUUUCUAUUUAUAAUUAUUAUUCUAUUUUUUAGUGCCGUUUGUAAGAAUGUGAAAUGAUUUUACCGCCUUAGAUUCAUGUAUUCAACUUCAUCAAAAAAAAAUCACUACAUAAAAUUUACAGAGAUGUUGUAAAGAGUAGUAGUGGCGUCACUAGGCGGGAUGAAAGCCUGGGGUAGUCCACCCCCUUUCACCCCUCCUAGUGACGCCACUAAAACUGGGUAUAUAUUUGUAUGUACAGUUUUUAUUUAGUUUACCUCAAGUGAAAUCGCUCCACUCACGAUUCCAAUAGGCGGACCACACCAUUUCUUCUAGUCAAUCUUCAUUACA